AUGCAUCCUGCUUUACUUUUAGCAGCUUUUUAGAUAGUAGGUACUUUCACAAGUUUGAUCUUUAAAGGCUAAUCAAGAUGUGUAGUUGAAGGGUCAAACUACAACCAUCCUUUUAUGCAGUCAAUGACUAUGUACAUUGGAGAAGCUCUUUGCAUGUUUUUGUACAUUGCAUACAUUACAAAAUAUAGAGAAAGAUAUCAAAAAAAAUUAGCAGACGCAGAGAUCAAUGGUAAAAAAACCAAGAUUAAUCCAUUAUUGCUUAUUAUUCCUACUUCUUGUGAUUUCGUCACUUCAACAUUGUCUUUCUUUGCUUUAGAAUUUAUGCCUACUUCCCUUUAUUCGAUGGUUAGAGGAGGAGGUUUAAUUAUUACAACAUUAUUUUCUGUUAUUUUCCUCAAAAGAAAGCUCUACAGACAUCACUAUCUUGGUCUGCUUACAGUCAUGAUUGGUAUUACUACUGCAGGUGUUGUAGUAACUUUAAAUAGCUCUAGCGGUGGCAGUUAAUCCAAAAUUAUUCUUGGAAUUAUUCUACUUGUGUGCUCUUUCAUUACUUUUUCAUCAUAAAUUAUUAUAGAGGAAAAGUUUUUCCAUUAAUAUGAGCUAAACCCUUUCUAAACAGUUGGACUUGAAGGUUGUUGGGGUAUUUUAAUUUGUGGAGUUUUUGUUGCUAUUUUUAAUUAUGUUCCCUGCCCUUCUAGCAUAGCAGAUGAUUGUCCUCCUAAUAAAAAUUUAGAAGAUGUUCCUUUCUUUUUCUAGUAAGUUUUCACAAUGGAAGGUAAUUAACCAGCACUCCUUAUAUUAAUUUUAUUUGGUAUAAUUUUGAUUUUAUUCUUUAAUGCUAUUUCUUUGGCUAUCACUAAAUAUGUAAGCAGUUUGGCUAGAAAUGUUGCUUAAGUCUGUUCUCCAUUCUUUGUUUGGAUGGGUUGUCUCAUAUUAGGAUGGGAAACAUUCUUAUAUGGCCAACUAAUUGGAUACGUGAUUUUGGCCAUUGGUACUAUGAUUUUUUAUGAGAUAAUUGUUAUUCCAAUCUGGGGAUUCAAUUAAAACACUAAAAAAGCCAUAGAAAAAAGGAAAGAAGCUUAAAAUCUAUUAAGUGCAAACUCUAACGAUGAAUCUACUGGAGAAGCUGAUAAAUGA